UAAAGCAGUUAUAUACCCCUUAUGGUUUCCAUAAAUGGUGUUUUGCUACUGAAGUCUCUUACUGUAUUGUGGAACUGGAGUUUCGUUGCUGGAAGGAUUUCUGUCUGCCAUGAAUGAGAUCAUGUGGAAUGUAUUUCCUGUUUGGAUCACGAAAUGACCUAGAGGCCUUACAGAUUCAUUUCCGCUCUGUCGCUUCGGACUACAGUCGUGGGGGGAGCUCGGUCUGGAAGCAGCACGUUUCCCCCGUGUCACUCAUAACUACCUCAGCCAAUAGGGAAGGGAGGAGGAGCCCAAGCGAAAACGAAGUCCCGGCAGAUUCUGAGGGCUGUUCCACACUCCGCACAACGCGAGCACUGCAUGGAUAGGAUCCAUCAUCCCCGAACACACAGACGCACCACCGAAGGCUGAAGGAAGUGCCAGGGCACUGCAAUUGCUCCUUUUCCCCUCUUUUAUUAAUGUCAUGUCUGCUGUUGACCAGUGUCACGUUUUCCUAAACUUCUUUGUUUUAGCUUUAAGCUUUUGAAGAUUGAUAUUUUUAUUAGAAGUGUACCUACAUAUAGAUAUAUUUACACCCAUACAAAAGGAGGAUUUUCGUUCCUCUGUUUGAAGAAAAAUACUUGUGCACUUUGAGAUUUCCCCCGGAUUGAAGCUACCAGCCACUAAGAAUGAUAGCCAAUCAGAGGCUGCGCUGCCCAGGUGCUGGAACACUCACUGUAACUGCGUAUCCCUCCGCCGCCCGUCACUAAAGCCGCGCGCAGAUCAGUGCCCCGGCGCCUGAGAACACCCUCAGUUCGACUGUUAAAUGGGACCCGCAGCAGCGCUGCUUAGAGAACUCAAACCCAGUCAGCAAGUGGACACGCCCUGUCAAACCUUUAGAAAUGCCUUUUAGACAGAUCAUACCCGUUAGCUGUCUGUAUACCUGACUUAUAGAGCUCUGAGUUUGGGGAGAGUCUUGUCACUGUGAGGUCGGGCGGUCGAUUAAACGAGAGGUAGGUCAGCACGCAGGCCAUUCCCCAGACAGUCCAAUACUUAUGUAUUGUUGCAGUGCGCAGGAAAGUAAAAUGGACUACAAGCGGCGCUUUUUGCUUGGCGGGCCCAAGCAGAAAGUGCAGCAGCACCAGCAGUACCCCGUGCCCGAGCUGGGCCGGACCCUCAGCGCCCCCCUGGGCCCCUCCUGCUCCGCCCCAACCUCCAUGGGGGCCGGCGGCGGGUCGCCCGGCAACUGCGGCCACGCCCCGCCGGCCGGCGGCAGCGCCAUCGCGGACAUCCAGCAGGGCAUCUCCAAGUACCUGGACGCGCUGAACGCGUUCUGCAGGGCCAGCGCCUUCCUCACCGACCUCUUCAGCACCGUGUUCAGGAACUCGCAGUACUCCAAAGCAGCUAUGCAACUGAAGGACGUGCAGGAACACGUCAUGGAGGCGGCCGGCCGGCUGACGGCCGCCAUCAAGCCCGAGAUCGCCAAGAUGCUGAUGGAGCUGAGCGCCGGGGCCGCCAACUUCAAAGACCAGAACGACUUCAGCCUGCAGGACGUGGAGGUCCUGGGCCGCUGUUUCCUGACGGUGAUGCAGGUGCACUUCCAGUUCCUGUCCCAAGCCCUGCAGAAGGUGCAGCCCGUGGCGCAGUCCUGCCUGGCUGAGGCCCUGGCCCAGGCCCAGGAGCGCCGUAGCUCCGGCCUGCCCCACGGCUCCGCCGCCGGGCCCCUGGUGGAGCUGGAGGAGGCCACCAGGUCAUGGAAGGGCGCAGCUGAGGCCACCUCUCGGCUGAGGGAGAGGGGCAGAGACGGCAGCCUGGCCGGGAUCGAGGUCCAGCAGCUCUUCUGCUCCCACAACACCACCAUCCCCGAGAGCCAGCUGAAGGAGCUCAACAUGAAGACAGACAACGCCUUACAGGCUUAUAAAGUAGCUCUGGAGAGUCAGGGCCACAGCGAGUACACCCUGAAGGCUGGCUUCCACCUUAAUCCCAAAGCUGUUGAGGCGUCUCUGCAGGGUUGCUGUAGCGACGCGGAGGCCCAGCAGGCCGGCCGCAUGCAGACCCCCUCUCAGCCCAUACAGUGUGAGCUGCCCACCAUCCCCCUGCAGAUCUGCUCUCACUUCCUCAAGGGCGUGUCCUUCAGCGAGUCUGCGGCCGACAACCUCAAGCUCAAAACGCACACGAUGCUCCAGCUCAUUAAAGAGGCAGCUGAGCGGAACGGAGUGGCCCUGCGAGACGACUCCCCCGUCACCGACGUCCUCAACCAGGUGUGUCCCUCCAGCUGGAGAGGAGCCUGCAAGACCGCCGUGCAGCUGCUGUUCGGCCAGGCGGGACUGGUGGUGGUUGACACUGCUCAGAUUGAAAACAAAGAGGCCUACGCCCCACAGAUCACCCUGGAGGGGUCCAGAAUUGUGGUCCAAGUCCCCUCAACAUGGUGUCUAAAGGAGGACCCAGCCACGAUGUCCCUGCUGCAGCGCAGUCUGGACCCAGAGAAGACCCUGGGCCUGGUGGACGUGCUGUACACUGCUGUGUACGACCUGAACCGCUGGAGGGAAUGCAGGGAGCAGACCCUGCCCACCAUCCAGGCGCAGCUGCAGAGGGAGAGCUCGGACUUCAGCCCGCAGGCAGAGCUGCCCCCCGGCAGCGGGGCCAAGUCCUCCGGAGGCCUGCCCAAGACCAUCUCCAAGCUCACCUCCAAGUUCACCAAGAAGGGCUCCUCCAGCGGCGGGGGCGGGGGCAGUUACUCCAUCCCCAGCACGCCCUCCCGCAGCGGGCCCGACGACAAGGCCAAGGCCGCAGACGGCAGGCUCCAGGGCAUCCUCCACAUGAGCAGCCUGCCCUGCACCCCCGACCCGGGCCAGUCCCCCCAGAGCCUGGCCGCCCAGCUGGCCAACGGGUGCCUGGCGGACGACAAGGCCAAGAACCUGCCCACAGACCAGGAGAUGCAGGACGUCAUCGACUUUCUCUCAGGGUUCAACAUGGGCAAGUCCCAGCAGGCCUCCCCCCUGGUCAAGAGGAGGAACUCGGUGGCGUCCGCCAACGCGUCCGAGCUGAAGACGCCCCCUGGAGCGCCCCCGUCGACACAGGCCGCGGCCCAUAAUGCCCUGCAGCCCCCUGCCCCGGUCCUGCCGCCACCCCAGCCCCAACCCCAACCGCAACCGCAACCGCAGCCGCACCCAGCCCAGAAACCGCCACAGCCCCACCCCCCUUCCCAGCAGGCCCUGCAGUACUAUCAGCACCUACUGCAGCCCAUUGGUCAACAGCAGCAGCAGCAGCAGCAGACCUCUCCCCAGCACCCUCCCCAACACCCCCCUCAGCACCCCCCUCAGCACCCCCCCCAGCAGCAGCAGCAGCAGCAGCAGCGUGUGCCCACCAAGUGGCCCUCCAGCUCCGCCCAGCACCCCCCACAGGGCCCUCCUCCCUCGGGGCUCUCCCCCAUCGGGCAGCUGGGGCAGUGGGGCGCGCCCGGCCUCCCGGACCUCAGCUCCGACCUGUACAGCCUGGGUCUGGUGAGCACCUACAUGGACAGCAUGAUGUCCGAGAUGCUGGGCCACAAGCCCACGGGCCCCCGGAACAACACCUGGCCCAACCGCGACCAGAACGAGGCGGCCUUCGGCGCCCUGGGAGAUGUGCUUCCGUUCGACCCAGCCGUGGGCUCCGACCCGGAGUUCGCCCGGUAUGUGGCCGGGGUGAACCAGGCCAUGCAGCAGAAACGACAAGCGCAGCACGUCCGUCACCCCAGCAACGCGCGCAGCAACUGGCCAAUCACUGACGAGUCACACAGGAGCUGGCCCCACCCAGAGUACUACACUGAAGGGGAUGCCAUGAGCAGCAGCUGGUCAGCCAAUCAAGGGGACUCAGCCAGCUCGAGUGACGAGACCUCUUCAGCCAAUGGGGACAGUCUCUUCUCCAUGUUCUCAGGACCCGACCUUGUAGCAGCUGUCAAACAGAGAAGAAAACACAGCUGUGGGGAGCAGGAGGCUUUCACCCUUCCCUCUCCCCCCCUCCAUCACACCGGGGAGGACAGCAGCCAGGACUGCAAAAUGAAAACCUGGCCUCCAAAGGCUCCGUGGCAGCACUCCUCCCCCCACACCAACACCCUGCCCAACGUCAGCUCUUCCUUGUACCAGAUGCCCAUCCCCUCCAGCCAGUGGAGCGACUCCAUGCAGAUGCUGCAGUCGCCGGUGUGGUCCACGGCCGGGGACUGCCCCCCCUCCGCGGGGAUCUCGUCCGGCUUCCCGUACGGGCAGACGCAGCCCCCGCAGACGCAGCCGGCCUCCCAGCACAAAGCCGUCGGCAAGGGCUUCAAACCCUCCUUCCCCCUCAAACCCGAGCACAGGCCCUCCUACCUGCACCAGUACUGAGUCCGAGCUACGUGCGGGAGCUCCCGCCGCCAUGACGACUCUGUGCGUUGCCUGGGGUGUAUAUAGGCCUGUCCGAUACUCGUAGCUGUGUGUGUGUGUGUGUGUGUGUGUGCGUGCGUGUGUGUGCGCGCGUGUGUGUGUUUACUGUAGAGCGAGCCGCGGCCAUUAGUUAUAAGCUGCUCCAUUCUUGAAUCCAAAACGUGUGAA